CAUUAGAGAUAGUCUUGGACAACAAACCAAACCAUUCUCCAUCAUCUCUCUCACUACAAAUUUCUGAUCAUGUUGGGGAAGAGACCACUCCCAAUGAUCGGAAAGUUGUCGGAAUUAUUGGUCUCCGGAGGCCGUACGGCGGCGCUUAUGGACACCACCGGAAGCCCGAGAAGCCCGUUAGACAUGAAGUCACCAAGAGGCUUAAAAAGCUACGACCUUGGUGGUGUUGGUCUUGGAAUUGUGGUGGCCCUUGAUAAAUCAAGCGAAAUUGGGCGUGAAGUUUUGCCCAAACAUGCUGUUUGCAACUCCAAUUCGAACCGAUCUGGACCAAUCCCAAUUCACUGCACGAAAAACCAAGAUGGGUUUCAGAAAGUUGUAAGUGUGAACGAAAUUAUUGAUGUGGGAAGCUUGGAGGAAUACACCUAUGUGACAUGCCACGUGCCUAACAAAACCUUCACUAAGGUUUACUACGAUGAUGGUGAAGUUGAUAUUACGAGACACGGGUAUAAUAACAACAACAACAACAACAACGUUGGUGUUCUCAGUAGAACCACAUCACCAAUUUUAGUAGAUCCCGAACCAUCAUUUCCAACCUCAGAUUUUCUCAGUUCAUGUAACUUAUGCGGAAAGAAACUCCAUGGCAAAGACAUAUAUAUGUAUAGAGGAGAGAAAGCGUUUUGUAGCACAGAGUGUCGUUCAAAUCAAAUAAUGAUGGACGAGCGCAGAGAGCGAUGUAGGUCAGAAGCUUCUAGAUCUGUGGAAAUGUCAAGUUCAUCAUCUUAUAAAAGGGAACAAAUAUUUUCAACUGGAAUUCUUGCCCUUUAGUCUUUGGUAUAUCAGACUCUGGCAACUGGUGUUACGAGUUCAUCAAUAUACCUACGAAACGUUAUAUACGGCUAUACUAUAUAGUAUUGACUAUCUGGAAUAUAUGAGAAUUAAGAAAGCUUGAUCGUAACCGAAAGAAAAUUUUUGAUCGGAAAAAAUGGUAGAUAUUCUGAUGUAUUUUUCUGUUAUCACGAAGGCAAGAAUAAUGAACUUGAGAUCUCAAUUGCACAGAUUUAGUUUGUUCUGUCUCCAACAUAAACUUUUAGUUAUCAUCUCAUGUAUAGGAGAAUUUAAUUUAGUUUCUUACAUCAAUUAUUGUU